UUGCUAGGUUAUAGAAAGUAAACCUCGAAUUUGCUGGAAAAGUUCCAGCUGAAAGAUGGCUACCAAUGGCCACGCUGAGAUGAAUGGCAGUGGAGAAAAUGGAGAUGGACCCUACGUCCCUCCUGAGGAGAUUAUCAAGCCGAGAACUUGCCUUUCGGGUUUGACUCAAGAAAUGUGGCAGGAAACUCAUUACAGUGCAAUGUAUCGUUUCUUCUGUGAUGAAAAUUGUCGGGUUUUAGUAUCCUACAUUGAUAAGAACAUGGGACUUGUUUGUGAUAACAACGUACCAUCAUCACAGCCCGGACAAGUUUCAUACUUCAUCAAACUUGAAGCGGUAAAGUUGUCGAAAUCCAAUUUUCACAAGUCAGUAACCUAUGGGACUUGCAACAGUGAUUAUAUGCACGCUCUGCUCGGCACCAUGCACUCAAUAUAUGCUCCUGUCUUCUUCAAAAACACCACAUGGCCAGAGAGUGUGAGAAAUGACUUUGCUGCACAACUGCACAAGUUCAUGGCAUGUUUGACAGACACAGCCUACAAGAUGGAAGGGAAGACGGUGCUCUACAUUCCUGAGGAGGACAUCACCUCAUCUUUGGAGAAGUCUGCCAAAAACAAGGAACUGGUCGCAAGAUUGGAAACAUCAGUUAUCCACUGGACUCGUCAGAUUAAGGAGGUUCUAAGUGCACAAGAUGCGUUAGAGAUGAGCGAGAAUAGUGGACCUUUAGAAGAGAUUGCUUUCUGGAGGAGCAGGUGCACUGAUCUGUCUGGUAUUAGUAAACAACUCGACCAAGACGGAGUCCAGAACAUCAAAGAGAUUUUAUCUUUAUCCAAAUCGUCCUACAUCGCACCGUUCUCCAAGCUUGCCAAGCAGAUCCAGGACAACACAGCCCAAGCACAAAGCAACCUGAAGUACCUGUCAGCUCUGAAGGAGCCUUGCGAGGAGCUGGCUCAGUCAGAGCCAGCUGUCAUCCCUCCAAUGUUAUCAAAGAUUCUCAACGUCAUAAGGAUGAUCUGGACAAACUCUGAUCACUAUCGUAGUAGAGAACGACUUACUGCGUUACUUCGGAAGUUCUCUAAUGAGAUUAUCAUGAGGUGCUGCACCAAGAUAUCUCUAGAUGAUAUCUUCACAGGCGAGGUUGAGAAGAGUAUAGAAGGAUUGGACCAGAGUAUUCAGUGUUGUGAAGCUUGGAAGGAUGCUUACAAUGACGCUGCUGCUACACACAACAGGUUCAGCGAGAUCAAGUGGUUGCUCGACCGCAGCAGCAUCUUCGCUCAGAUUGAUGCUUUCGUGCAACGAUGCAAAGAUCUGAAAGAGGUAUGUGAAGGACAAUCUCAGUUCGGUCGGUACUCCCAAGGCAAGAAGAGACCUCUGCCAAUAUUCGCUGGUCUGCGUGGUCCCGAGAUUGCAAGGAGUCUCAGAGAAAUCGAGGACGCCUUCGAGAAAAACUUGAACAUUUUGAGAAAGGUGAAAAGUACGAUUCUUGAUGUGAAGUCUACUGCGUGGCAUGAUGCCUACAACAAGUUCCGAAUGGGAGUUAAAGAUCUAGAAGUAAUGAUGCAGAAUGUAAUCUCCUCAGCGUUUGAGACUGUAACUACAGUCGAGCUUGGUGUUCAAGUCCUUGAUGUCUUCCAACACUUGUCGUCAAGAGAGGCAAUAAGACGGACGAUCGACAAGAAAACAGUGGAUGUGUACCAGAAGUUUAACGAAGAACUGAACCUCGUCAAGAAAGAGUUCAAUACCAAAACUCCAAACCUCACUCCAACACAACCCAAGUUUGCCGGCGCAGCAGCUUGGGCUCGUGCGCUGAAACGCCGGAUUGACCGCCCCAUGGACGUGAUAAACAAAGCGUUUUAUCUACCACGUAUCGGGGCUGGAGAGGAGAUCAGGAAUCAGUAUCAGCAGCUCAGUCAGGCUCUAGAGGAGUUUGUUGGGAAGACGUUCCAGGAAUGGGCUCUUAGCAUCGACAAGGAUUUAGGACACCUAUUAGACGCACCCCUUAUGUCCAGAUGUCAUGACAAGAACACUAUGCUCGAUGUCAACUUCGACAGGACGCUACUAAAGCUGUUCCGUGAGAUAUACUACUGGGAACGCCUCAAGUUUGAGAUCCCCCACUACGCUGCUGAGGUGUACGCCAAGGAGGAGGAUCUCAGAACGCUGAGAGAGAAUGUGUUGUUGGUUGUUAGGGAUUAUAACAGGAUUCUAGCUGCUCUGAAUACCGAGGAGAGGGGUCUCUUUAAGGAGCGUAUCAAGUUCCUAGACAAGAAGAUACACCCAGGUCUAACGAAGUUGACCUGGGCUAGCAAGGGUCCCACCACAGACUACUUCAUGAACGAGUGCAGGGGACAUGCCAGCAAGGUGCAGGCUAUAGUGGACAGUUACAAACACGCUAACAGGUCCAUACAGGCCCUCUGUAAGAAGAUCAGUGAGUCUCUUCUCGUCAGCAUUGAUAGCAAGCGUAUCUACGAGAGUAACGAGUUCGAAGUAGAACAACAGAAACACCGAGCUACAAUGCAGAGUAAGCUUGUUCACCUGCACGAGGAGAUCAUUGCUAUCAUGAAGAACACUUAUGAGGUCUUCAAGAACGACGGAACUGAUGUACAGCUUCACUGGCACCGUUACACCGAGAAGACCGAUAAGAUGGUGGAAGAGGCGUUCAGACUGAAUAUCAAGCGAUCUCUACAAGAGUUAUCACGUGCUAUACAUGGGGACGGUAAAACUGCUCCCAACCCUCUUUUCAAAGUUAAAGUAGUGCUUCACGAGAAAGAUAGGGUUGACUUCAACCCGACAACUAAGAAACUAGCGGACAUGAUGAACGUGUGUGCUAAGGAUCUGACAACGUGUAUCUCAAUUAUUCCUCGUCUUCCCGAGAUACUAUCCAAGAAGAGAGGACACAAGGAAACCAUGAAAUCGAUUGCUAUGCUUUCAAAGCAAGAGCCGAUAUACACCGUGAUCACAGCAGACGACGAGACCAAGAAACUGAAAACACAGAUCCAGCAGUGUAUGGUUACCAACGCAGGACACUUAGUAAGCUAUCUGCACACAUGGGAUAACUGUAGAGAGUUGUGGGAUAUCAACAAGGACGCCUUUAUCCGCAGAUACGAGAGAGCUAAACCUCUUAUGAGCAAGUUUGAUGCUGAUAUCUCCAGGUACUCAGAAGUAGCCAAUAAUAUCCAGAAAGAGGAGACAGUACAGACUAUACAGUUUGUACUGCUUGAUUGUCAACCUCUCAAGUUCGCUUUACUUCAGCACUGUAAUGAGUGGCAGAACAAGUUUACCACACUUCUUAGUGAGAUGGCAACUAAUAAACUGGACGAUCUCACUAUAUUCCUCCAGAACAACUGCACCGACCUGAGCAAGCCUCCAGAGUCACUAGAAGAACUGGGAAACAGUUUAUCUCUGUUAGAGAAGCUGAAGACAGGUCAGGAUGAGAUAGAAGGUCGCUUUCCUCCCUUGUACGAACAGUUUAACAUUCUCAGAAAACAUGAGGUUCAGGUUGAUGAGAAGGUCCAAGAGAAAUUAGACGAGCUAGGAAACGAAUGGCAAACCUUUGCUAACUGUCUCCACGACAGCGACAUCAUGUUGAAGAAACACAAAGACAAGUUCAAGGCUGGACUCCUUCACUCCGCGGAGGAGUACAAGAAGAGUGUGGCUCUGUUACUGGACGAGUUCAAUAGCAAGGGACCCUUCAACAGUGACAAGGAAACUAGCCAGGCUGUUGAGAUCAUUCACACUAUCCGAGCCUCAUCAGGAACUCUUAAAGAACAGGAAGCUACGAUCAGAAAGGGUCUGAACAUUUUCAAGAUAGAUCAGGCGCCCAACAAGGAUGUUGUUGCUCUGGACCUCGCUCUGGAGCAUCUGGAGGCCAUAUGGGAGAUCAACAGUGAGUGGACGGAGCUGUAUAACGGCUGGAAGCUGGGCAAGUUCAAGGACCUCGUCACAGAUGAUAUGGAGCUGGUCGCUCAGAAGAUACUCAAGAGAAUCGUCAAGAUAGCUCGGGAAAUUAAGCCCCCUAACUUACAGGAUAAGAAGUGGGAGGUUGCAGAGAACGUGCGAGGACGAGUGGAGCAGUUUAAACGAACCAUGCCGCUCAUUCAGGACCUGAAGAACCCGGCCCUCCGACCUCGACAUUGGGUACAACUCAAGGCAGAGGUGGGCAAGGAGUUUGAUCACGAGGGAUCUGACUUCACUCUGGAGAAGAUCAUAGAUCUGGGUCUGGAUCAGUAUAGUACGAGUAUUGGAGAUAUAUCAGGAGCUGCUAGUAAGGAGUUGUCCAUUGAGCAGGCUAUCAAGACUAUCAGUUCUACCUGGGAGGCGAUGGAGCUUGAUAUCAGCCCUUAUAAGGAUAGAGGUCACCACCGACUGAAGGCAACUGACGAGUUGUUCCAGAUGCUUGAAGAUAACCAGGUUUCACUGGCCACCAUGAAAGCUUCAAGAUACGUCAAAGCUUUUGAAGUCGAGGUCGACCAGUGGGAGAGAACGUUAUCCCGGAUACUGGAGGUGAUAGAGCUCAUACUAACAGUCCAGAGACAGUGGAUGUAUCUGGAGAAUAUCUUCCUGGGAGAGGAUAUCAGGAAACAGCUGCCUCGUGAAAGUGCAGAGUUUGACGAUGUUAACCACAACUGGAAGACAAUAAUGGAUAGUUUGUCUAAAGAUAGCAACGCCCUUAGGGGAACUCACCAAGCUAACAUGUUGGAACGAUUGAACGACAUGAACAACAAGCUAGAAGAUAUCCAGAAGUCUCUAGAUAUGUAUCUGGAAACAAAACGGCAGAUAUUCCCUAGGUUCUACUUCUUGUCUAACGACGACUUGCUUGAGAUCCUCGGCCAGUCCCGUAACCCAACUGCGGUCCAGCCUCAUCUCAAAAAGUGCUUUGACAACAUUGUACAGCUACAGAUGGAAAAGAUCGGUAUUGACAGUAAGGGAGGUAAGAUGGAAGCAGUGGCGAUGUUCUCAGCAGAUGGUGAGAAAGUUGAGUUCAACACCCAAGUCACACUGGAGGGACCAGUUGAGGCGUGGUUGUGUGAUAUUGAAGACACAAUGAGAGUUACACUGAGACAGCAGCUGAAACUGUGUAGAGUAGCCCUGAAGAAGGCUGGAACCAAGAGAGACAAGUGGACUAAAGAGUGGCCAGGUCAACUUCUCAUAACCACCAGUCAGAUGCAGUGGACACAGGAUUGUACUAAAGCGUUGAGCAUGAUCAAGGACCGUGGUGACAAGAAGAGUUUGAAAAGUAUGAAGAAGAAACAGAUCUCAAUGUUGACCAAGUUCUCAGACGCCAUCAGAGGCAACCUGACUCCCAUACAGCGAGCUAAGAUUGUAGCUCUGGUUACUAUCGAGGUUCACGCUAGGGAUGUUAUCGAUAAGCUGAUUAAGAGUAACUGUAAUGAUGUCAUGGGAUUCGAGUGGCUCAUGCAGCUCAGAUUCUACUGGGAAAAGGAGAUAGACGACUGUACAGUACAGCAGACUAACACCCAGUUCCGGUACGGGUACGAGUACCUGGGUAAUAGUGGCCGUCUGGUUAUCACCCCUCUUACUGACAGGUGUUACAUGACACUCACUACUGCUUUACAUCUUCACAGGGGGGGCUCUCCUAAGGGUCCUGCUGGAACAGGUAAAACUGAGACAGUAAAGGAUCUGGGCAAAGCUCUGGGAGACUAUGUCAUUGUGGUCAACUGUUCUGAGGGUCUAGAUUUCAAGAGUAUGGGUAGAAUGUUCAGUGGCUUAGCUCAGACUGGAGCUUGGGGCUGCUUUGAUGAGUUCAACAGAAUUAACAUUGAAGUGUUGUCUGUGGUGGCUCAGCAGAUCUUGUCUAUACUAUCCGCACUUGCUGCUGGUUAUGCCAGAUUUGUCUUUGAGUGCAGAGAAAUCAAUUUGGUAUGGUCGUGUGGUAUCUUCAUCACAAUGAACCCCGGGUACGCUGGUCGUACGGAGCUUCCUGACAACUUGAAGAGUAUGUUCAGACCAAUCUCCAUGGUGGUACCCGACUCUUGCCUCAUUUCUGAGAUUAUCUUGUUUGGCGAGGGCUUCAACAACACCAAGUUAUUAGCAAAGAAGGUGUUCACACUCUACUCGCUGGCAGUCCAACAGCUAUCCCAACAAGAGCACUACGACUUUGGGCUCCGUGCUCUGGUGUCUGUGUUGAAAUACGCGGGCCGCAAGAAGCGCUUACUGCCGGAGUAUCCCGACGAGGAAAUUCUCUUGCUAGCAAUGAAGGACAUGAACGUUGCUAAACUUACAUCCGAUGACACCCCACUAUUCAACGGAAUAAUUCAAGAUUUGUUCCCUGGUGUCGAAACCCCGAUCCUCAACUACGGUGACCUCCAGACCGCUAUAGAGUCUCAGAUCGUUGCUGAUGGACUGCAGAAAGUGCCGGUUAUCAUUACCAAGAUCAUUCAGUUGUAUGAGACCAAGAACUCUCGGCACUCUGUCAUGAUUGUCGGAGAUACAGGUUCUGGUAAAUCUGUUGUGUGGAAAGUAUUAAAGCAUGCACUGUCCAACAUGUGGAAAGCUGAUGCUAGCCAGCCUAAGAAUGGUGUUAAGGAAUAUCCUAUCAACCCCAAAGCUCUAUCUCUCGGUGAACUUUACGGAGAGUUUGAUCUCAACACCAACGAAUGGACUGACGGUGUCUUAUCAGCUGUGAUGAGGAAGACAUGCUCUGAAGGCACACCAGACGAGAAGUGGAUUCUGUUCGACGGACCUGUUGACACCCUCUGGAUUGAGAGCAUGAACUCUGUCAUGGACGACAACAAGGUUCUGACCCUCAUCAACGGAGAACGUAUUAGUAUGCCUCAACAGGUAUCUUUACUGUUCGAAGUAGGAGACUUGUCUGUAGCGUCCCCUGCCACCGUAUCUCGGUGUGGUAUGGUCUACAUGGAUAGCUCUGAUUUGGGAUGGCAGCCAUAUGUGGACAGUUGGCUUGAAAAACAGAAGGAUCCCACCACUAGAUCUAAUUUGAGGAGAAUGUUCGAGAAGUACAUUGUUCCUGUUCUAGAUUUCCGUAAGAAGAUGUGCACAGAGAUUGUUCCCACGAGCACUCUGAACAGCGUUAAAAACCUUUGUGUUCUGUACGACUGUCUGGCUACUGUCGAGAACGGUGUGAACCCGAAGGACGAAGAGAAUCACCAGAAAAUGGUUGAGUUGUGGUUCUUGUUCAGUAUGAUAUGGUCAGUCUGCUGUACUGUUACUGGAAACAGCAGAAAGAUAAUGGACAACUUCAUCCGAGAGUUGGAAGGACAGUUCCCGAGUAAGGAUACUGUGUACGAGUAUUACAUUGACGUCAAGCAAAAGUUCUGGGUUCUCUGGGAGGACAAACUUCGCAGUGGGUGGAGAUACAACCCUACAGCGCCCUUCUACAAGAUAGUUGUCCCAACAGUUGACACAGUUCGUUACGAGUUCAUCACCCAAGCUCUCAUAUCUGGUGGAGCCCCAGUUAUGCUGGUUGGGCCUGUUGGUACCGGUAAAACUUCCGUCGCUCAAGCUGUGCUAGCCAAGGCCAGCACUAAACAAUACGGAAAACUGGUAGUCAACAUGUCCGCACAGACCACUAGCAACAAUGUUCAGGAUAUCAUUGAGAGUAGGGUUGAGAAGAGGACAAAGGGAGUGUACGUUCCGAUAGGAGGAAAACGACUUUUAGCUGUUCUGGACGACUUCAACAUGCCUGCAAAGGAUGAGUUCUUCUCCCAGCCUCCUCUGGAGCUGCUGAGACAAUGGAUAGAUUACUCCUUCUGGUAUGACAGACAGAAGCAGAUGGCUAAGGAAGUAAGGGACAUGCAGCUGAUAGCAGCUAUGGGUCCACCAGGAGGUGGCAGACAGAGCAUCUCCCCCCGUCUCCUCAGCAGGUUCCACCUCAUCAACAUGGCCUUCCCCAACGAGGCUCAGAUUCAGAGGAUAUUCGGAACCAUGAUAAACCAGAAGUUACAGGACUUUGAGGAGGACGUGAAACCUGUAGGCAACAUGAUCACACAGGCCACAAUAGAGCUGUAUAACACCAUUGUGAGCACCAUGUUACCAACUCCCACCAAAAUACAUUACCUCUUCAACUUGAGAGAUAUCUCAAAGAUAUACCAGGGAUUGUUGAGAGCUCAUAAAGACUACCACGACACCAAACAAAGCAUGAUUAGACUCUGGAUACACGAGUCCUUCAGGGUCUUCUCUGACAGAUUUUUGGAUAUGAACGAUAUGGAGGCUUUCAGAGGUAUACUUGGUGACAAACUUGGAGCUAUCUUCGAUACAUCUUUCAACGCUAUAUGUCCCAACAAGGUCUCACCGAUAUUUGGUGAUUUCUUAAGGGGAGAGCCAGGUGGAAUCUACGAGGACAUUACCGAUAUUAACCAACUUAAACAAUACAUGGAGACCACAUUGGAGGAUUACAACAUGGAACCAGGAGUCAUCGCCAUGGACCUUGUCCUGUUCAGGGAUGCUAUGGAGCAUAUUUGCAGAAUAGUGAGGGUUAUCGGGCAGCCCAGAGGAAACAUGUUGCUUGUGGGAGUAGGUGGCAGCGGACGACAGAGUUUAGCCAAGGUCGCAUCAUACAUAUCUCAGUUCAAAGUGUUCCAGAUCGAAGUGUCUAGACACUACCGAACCCAGGAGUUCAGAGAAGAUCUGAGGAGUUUGUACUGGAUGGCUGGUGUAGAGAAUAGUCCCACUGUCUUCCUCUUUAACGAUACUCAAGUAGUCACGGAGGACUUUAUGGAGGAUAUCAACAACGUGCUCUCUUCCGGCGAGGUUCCCAACUUGUACGCUCCGGAUGAGUUCGACGAGGUGAAAGAGGCACUGCUGGAGGAUGCUAAGAAAGAUGGUAUCUCGGAUAGUACAGAUACAAUGUUUGCUUACUUUAUUGAACGAGUGAGGAAUAACCUCCACGUUGUUCUUUGUAUGAGUCCUGUUGGAGAUCCCUUCAGAAACCGUAUCAGACAGUACCCUGCAUUUGUAAACUGCACAACUAUUGAUUGGUUUACUGAGUGGCCGAAGGACGCUCUCCUCGAGGUCGCAGAACGGUAUCUCGAGAAGAUCGAUCUUGAACCCUCCUUGACGGAGCCGGCCAAAAAAGAAGCUUUGAUGAAGAGUUGUGCAUCGAUGUUCGUCGUGUGCCACCAGAGUGUCGUUGAAAACUCCAAGAAGAUGCUGCUCGAGAUGAAGCGACACAAUUAUGUUACACCGACUAACUACCUCGAACUUGUAACAGGGUAUAUCUCCAUGCUUUCUGACAAGAGGAACGAGCUUGAUAGUGCUGCAAAGAAACUCAGAAAUGGUCUGUUCAAGAUCGACGAUACCCGAGCCAAGGUAGAAAUAAUGAGUGUGGAACUGGAGGAGUCUAAGACAAAAGUACUGCAGUUCCAAAAGGAAUGUGAGGAGUAUUUAGUGGUUAUCGUGCAGCAGAAGCGAGAGGCUGACGAGCAACAGAAAGCUGUUAUCGUCCGUAGUGUUAAGAUAGGUGAGGAAGAGGUGAAGUGUCGUCAAAUUGCUGAUGCUGCUGAAGCAGACUUGGAGGAGGCUCUGCCUUUCUUGGAAGCUGCUGUUCUUGCCUUGAACUCUCUGAACAAGAAGGAUCUCACGGAAAUCAGGAGUUACAACAAGGCCCCUGGUUUGGUGCAGGACGUCAUGGAGGCUGUCAUGGUUCUCCGAGGUUCUGAUCCGUCCUGGCCUGAAGCCAAGAAACAACUUGGUGAUCCUAACUUCAUUCAACAACUUAUCAACUAUGAUAAGGACAACAUGUCUGACAGAAUCCUUAAGAAGAUCGCAUCAUAUGUUAACAAACCAGACUUUGUACCAGACGCAGUCGGCAGGGUCUCUAUUGCUGCUAAGUCACUGUGUAUGUGGGUAAGAGCCAUGGAGGUAUACGGUCGAAUAUACCGUGUAAUUGAACCUAAAAGACGAAAACUUGCGGAGGCUUCGUCUCAGCUGAAGGAGAAACAAGAUUCGCUCCAAGAGGCAAGAGAUAAACUUCAGGAAGUCACCGAACGAAUGGAGAACUUGAAGAAACAGUACGACGAAAAACUGAGGAUGAAAGAAGAGCUGAGGAAGUCUUCAGAGCUCACUCAGUUGCGUCUGGAACGUGCUGGAAAGCUUCUGUCUGGUCUAGCUGGUGAGAAGAUUCGUUGGGAGGAAAGUGCUGGUAUACUUGAAACAAAUCUGGGAUUCCUUGUCGGCGACUGUCUUGUGGCUUCUGCUUUCUGCUCUUACAUGGGACCUUUCCUCUCGGAUUAUCGAGAGAACCUUGUCAACAAGGUCUGGUUACCUGAGGUCAGAAAACUAUUUAUUCCCUGCAACCCUGAGUUCACAGUUUCUAGCUUCUUAGCCAAGGCUACUGACGUUCGUGAUUGGAACAUCAAGGGACUUCCUUCUGACAAUUUCUCAACUGAAAACGGUAUCAUCGUGACAAGAGGGUUGAGGUGGCCCCUCAUGGUUGAUCCUCAAUGUCAGGCUAUAAAGUGGAUUAAAAACAUGGAGAAGGGUAAACUUAAAACGAUUGAUCUGCAGCAGUACGAUUUCUUGAGGACUCUGGAAAAUUCCAUCCAGUUCGGAACACCAGUUCUUCUCCAGAAUGUACAGGAGACUCUGGAUCCUUCCCUUGCACCUAUCCUGGACAAGGCAGUUAUCAAGCAGGGUGGCAGAUUGCUCAUCAAGCUCGGAGAUAAAGAAGUUGAUUAUAACCCAGACUUCAAGUUCUACAUCACAACGAGACUCAGUAAUCCUCACUACACCCCAGAAAUUGCAACUAAGACUACUAUAGUAAACUUUGCCGUUAAGGAAGUUGGUUUAGAAGCUCAGCUUCUUGGUAUAGUGGUAAGAAGAGAGAGGAUCGAUCUUGAAGAACAGAAAGACAGUUUGGUGAGGAAGAUUGCCGCAGAUCAGCGCAAACUUGUGGAGCUUGAAGAUGAGAUUUUGAGACUGCUGAACGCUGCAGAGGGCUCCCUGCUUGAUGAUGAGGUGCUGGUAGAAACACUCCAGACCUCUAAGGUAACAUCACAGGAGAUAUCAGAGCAGCUGGAGGUCUCAGAAGAGACGGAGUACAAGAUUGAUCUGGCUCGUGAGGGUUACCGACCUUGUGCCCAACGUGCCUCUAUUCUGUUCUUCGUGCUGAAUGAUAUGGGUCGCAUAGACCCCAUGUACCAGUUCUCACUGGACGCCUACAACCAGCUGUUCAACCAGUCUAUCGAUAAAUCCACCCACCACAGCAAGCUGGAGGACCGUAUCCUGGCUCUGAACGACUACCACACAUACGCUUUGUUCAAGUUUACUUGCAGAGCUCUGUUUGAGCGUCACAAGCUGCUGUUCUCAUUCCAGACCUGUGCCAAGAUCAUGGAGGCUGCUGGAAAGUUAGACAUGGAAGAGUACACUUACUUCCUGAAGGGUGGAGUUGUCAUGGACAGAGAAACCCAGAUGGACAACCCUUGCAAGUGGCUGGAUGAUGCUUCCUGGGAUAAUAUAACCGAGCUCGAUAAGCUCACUAAUUUCCACGGUAUUGCCAACUCGUUUGAGCAGUACGCCAGGGAUUGGCAUCUGUGGUACACUUCCGCUGCACCUGAAGAUGCAAUGUUGCCCGGAGAAUGGGGCAACUCCUGCAAUGAGCUCCAAAAGAUGCUCAUCGUAAGAUCUUUGAGAAAGGACCGAGUAGCGUUCUGUGCUACAUCCUUCAUCAUCAACAAUCUUGGAGCUAAGUUUGUAGAACCCCCUGUUCUUGACAUGACUUCGGUUGUGGAAGACUCAAGCUGCAAGACUCCUCUGAUCUUUGUUCUCUCAGCUGGUGUUGAUCCUACCAGUGGUUUGGUUCAGCUAGCUGAUGAAGUUGGCAUGAAGAACAGGUUCAGUGCUUUGUCCCUCGGUCAAGGUCAGGCUCCACUAGCCACCAAGUUGAUUAAGGAGGGUGUCAAAGAAGGAAACUGGGUGUAUCUUGCCAAUUGUCAUUUGUCUCUCAGCUGGAUGCCUCAUCUUGACAAACUGGUGGAACAGCUGCAGUCAGAGGAACCCCACCCAGACUUCAGGUUGUGGCUCAGUAGUAACCCAACUAAAGGAUUCCCCAUCUCAAUCCUGCAGGCUGGUCUGAAGAUGACCACUGAACCUCCAAAGGGUCUGAGGGCCAACAUGAAACGUCUUUACGGGUUGGUAUCUGAACGAACCUUUAGCAGAUGCAAGAAGCCUGAGAAGUACAAAAAGUUGCUAUUCACCCUCUGCUUCUUCCACUCUGUACUCAUUGAGAGGAGAAAGUUCCUCCAGCUCGGAUGGAAUAUUCCUUACGAUUUCAACGAUUCUGACUUCGAGGUAUCAGAGAACCUGCUGAACAUGUACCUCGACGAGUACGAAGAGACUCCGUGGGAUGCUCUCAAGUACCUGAUCGCUGGUGUCAACUACGGUGGUCAUGUGACGGAUGAAAUGGACAGACGUCUCCUUCACACUUACAUCAACGACUUCUUCAAUGAGAAUGUGUUGUCUGUUCCGUUCUAUAAACUUAGUACUCUGAACGAUACAUACUACGUGCCCAAGGAUGGACCGUAUCAGCACUACAAGGAUUACAUCUCCCUGUUGCCCGGCGUGGACCACCCAGCUGCAUUUGGGCAGCACCCUAACGCUGACAUCACCUCCCAGAUACGGGAGACUCACAUGUUGUUCGAGACUCUUCUCUCACUCCAACCUCAGGUUUCUAAUAUGAAGGGAGAGAGUACAGAGGACAAGGUCCUUGGUCUCGCUCAGGAUGUUAAGGAGCAUUUACCAGAGCUCAUCGACUACGAGAACACAUUGAGUAUUCUGGCAGAAGAACGCCACACACCUAUGGGAGUUGUCUUGUUGCAGGAAAUUCUCCGUUACAAUCAUCUUGUAACACAAAUAUCUAACUCUCUAGUAGAUCUGGAGAAAGGAAUUAAAGGUCUGGUGGUAAUGUCAGAGGAUCUAGAGGAGAUAUUCAGGUGUAUUAACGAGGCAAGGGUUCCUAAGAUGUGGUCCAAAACUUACCCCUCACAGAAACCCCUGGGAGCUUGGACACGUGAUCUUGUUAAUAGAGUAGAUCAGUUCUUCAAGUGGGCACACACCGGUACAAAACCACUCAUAUUCUGUCUCUCAUACUUCACCUUCCCUACCGGGUUCCUGACGGCAGUUCUGCAGGCUUCUGCUCGUGCUAACAGUAUCUCUGUCGACACUCUCUCUUGGGAGUUCAUCGUUCAGAUAUUGGACGAUGUGAACAUUACCGGACAACCGAAGGACGGUGUCUACAUAAAGGGGAUGUACCUAGAGGGUGCAGGUUGGGACAAGAAGAAUUGUUGUUUGGUAGAGGCUAAUGCUAUGCAGCUGGUUUGCGAGAUGCCAACCAUCCACUUCAAACCUGCUGAACUCAAGAAGAAAACUGGACGUGGUAUCUACGCCUGCCCGUGUUACUACUAUCCUGAUAGAGCGGGGACAGCAGAGCGAGCCUCGUUUGUGGUCAGCGUGGAUCUGAAGAGUGGGUCCACUGGCACUACUCCUGAUCACUGGAUCAAGAGGGGUACUGCGCUACUCUUAUCUCUUGAUAUGUAAGAUAAGAGGGGUACUGCUCUACUCUUAUUUCCUGAUAUGUAAAAAACCAUGUUUAGAUACUUAUAGAGUGGAUAAAACUCUGGAUUAACUGGAGAUUGGAAAUAUUAUUCCAAACUUUUUAAAUAUCGAUUGAUAGUGUGUACACUGUACUGUGUUACUAUUUUUGAGAGCAACCAUAAUUUGGAGCUUUAUUGCAUUGAUUUUAGCAGCAUUGAGUAUUAUUUCGAUAGCUUAAUUUAAUUACAGUAGUAGAAAUCCUAGCAAAAAUUUAGUGUAAAGGAUCUCUUAGCAUGCUUCAGUUGCGCAAGAAUUUAAGUCAAACUGCCCUUUCCCAAAAUUUAAAAGAUCAGUUUUCAUGUAUAUAGCACAUACAUAUUGUUAUGAUAUUAUUAAUGUUUGUAAUAUUUUAUAUAGCUAUAAUUAGCUUUUUUACUCAUAAAAUCAAUUAGUGUAUAGUUAUAUUAUUUUGAGUAAUUUAUUAACUAGAAACAUGUAAAUUGUAAAUAUACUUUAAGCAUGAGGAGUAUAAUGUAAAAUAAAUAAUUCUGGAAACCAUGUGCACAAAUACACUGGCACACCAUUGCACUGUUGUUCUCGUUUUACACUUUUUGUAGACGUGGUCUAAUCAGCGCUGUGGUGGGCCAGGAUAAACGUGAGCUUGGCGUUUCAAGGCUAGCCACGCUUGAUGAACUUACAUUUAAAGGGUCUUUCUAGCGAUUUUAGUUGGUCGAUUUAAGGCAUCGAUGGUACCUAGAUUUCGGUCAAAACUAUAUAUUUAUAGCCUACUAGUGUUUAACUGUAGUUGUGUUUCUCUAUAUUAGUCGUUAUUAUUUUUAGAAAA